CUAUUUUGUACAUACAUUAUUUUGUAUAUACUGUAUAUGAUGACUUCAGUGAGCAGUGACCGGUCCCGAGGCGCUCGGGACAAACCACAGGUUUCUGUGGCACAGUCAACACAACCACAGAAACAAGUAGUACAGGCAACAGCGGAACAGAUGCGUCUUGCUCAAGUGAUCUUUGAUAAGAAUGAUGCAGAUUUUGAAGCUAAAGUUAAACAGCUUAUGGAGGUGACAGGGAAAAAUCAGGAUGAAUGCAUAGUGGCCCUACAUGACUGUAAUGGAGAUGUGAACAAAGCUAUCAAUAUAUUGCUGGAAGGGAAUUCAGAUACAACCUCAUGGGAGACCGUAGGAGGAAAGAAGAAGAAUUUUGGAAAAGAAAGUUCAGAAAAUAAAGAAAAUAGAGAGAAGAGAACUGAGAGAGAAGCGAGUCGUGGCCGUGGAAACACCAAUAACCGGAAAGGAAGAGGUGGCAAUCGUGGCAGAGAGUUUAGGACUGAAGAGAAUGGAAUCGAUUGCAAUCAAGGGGACAAGUCUUCAGAUCGUGGCAAGCGAGCCCGUGGUGGUAGAGCUGUGUCAUAUUCAGUGCCUUGCCCCAUACAUGGGAGCACUGGCCCUACAGGCUGCCACAGAAACACUGUAACUCAAGGGCCCUGUCCAUCUCCUCUGGGCCUCAGGGGACUUGGACGUGGCAGAGGGAGAGGGGGAGGAAGGUUCUCUACUCAAGGAAUGGGAACAUUUAAUCCUGCGGACUAUUCAGAUCCUUUAUCCUCAGAUGGAUGUGGGACAAAACCAGCAGUUUGGGAAGCCACUCAGAAUGGUGCAGAUGAAGGAACUGGGACUUGGAAGAAUUCUGUGGAAGAGUGGACAACAGAAGACUGGACUGAAGAUCUUUCUGAAACAAAGGUCUUCACCGCUUCGUCUGUUCCAGCAGAGAAUCACGUCCCCCCUGGACAAAGCAUUGAUCUCGUAGCCUUGUUCCAGAAGCCUGCUCCGUCCAGCCAAGCCUCAGAAGCCAACUCCUUUGAAUCUUCCCAGCAGCAGGGUUUCAGCCAAGCCCUUGUCUUCACAAAUUCUCAACACAACAAUCAGAUGGCACCAGGGACUGGCAGCUCCUCUGCUGUCAGAUCCUAUUCUCCUCAGAGUCUGUCGUCUGUCCUUGGUUCCGGGUUUGGAGAGCUAGCACCUUCCAAAAUGGCCAACAUCACCAGCUCCCAGAUUCUGGACCAGUUGAAAACGCCAAGCUUGGGCCAGUUUACCACCCAGAGUUCACAGCAGAAUAGUACGAGUCCCCCAACAACUUCUUGGGACCUCAAGCCCACAGCAUCUCAGUCCUCAGUCCUCAGUCAUUUUGAUUUCAAAUCUCAGCCUGAGCCAUCCCCAGUUCUUAGCCAGUUGAGCCAGCGACAGCAGCACCAGACGCAGGCAGUCCCUGCUCCUCCUGGCCUGGUCAAACUUGGAGAGUCAGCAUCUGGAGAAGGAGCCUCCACUGUGAACAAACGCUUGCAGCUUCCUAGCAUGGUUGUGCCUGCCCACCAAUCACAGCCCAAACACAUCAAACUCCCCAAAAGGCGGAUCCCUCCUGCUUCUAAGAUCCCAGCUUCUGCUGUGGAAAUGCCUGGUUCUGCAGAUGUCACGGGAUUGAAUGUUCAGUUCGGCGCCCUGGAAUUUGGAUCAGAACCCUCUCUCUCUGAAUUUGGAUCAGCUCCAAGCAGUGAAAAUAGCAAUCAAAUUCCCAUUAGUUUGUAUUCAAAGUCUUUAAGCGACCCUUUGAAGACGUCUUUACCAAUGACCAGUGCAGUUCAGGACUCUCCCUGUACAACGUCUGCCAUGCCUUCCUCCAAUCUGAGCAGCUCGUCCCUGAGCUCCACCAGUCCAGUAACCACGUCGUCCUCCUGUGACCAGAGUGCUGUGCACAACAGGACUCCGUACCAAAGCUCUGUGAGUCCACCGGAGUCUGCUGCGGGAGCCGUCACAACUGGACCUGGUGGUGGCCGAGGGCAGCAGACUCUAGACACUACAUCAUCCGUUCCAGCUCCAAAGACAACAGACACUCCGCCCGCCCUUCCCUCUGUGACCUCGCUGCCCAGCACCACCACCGGCACGACACUCCUGCCCGCCACAUCCCAGCACACUGCCACUCUGCCCUCCGUACCCCAGCCUGGCGACCGCUCCAGCAGCCCCCUCUCUCCGCUCAGCAGCUCUCUCUCCAGCCAUCAGAGCAGCCUCUCCUCUGCGCACGCUGCACUGCCGUCCAGCACGUCACACGCACAUGCCAAUGUGGAGAGCACCCCUGCCCUUCAGUCCUCGGCCACCUUCUCAACAGCAGCAACCUCCGCCUCAAGCGCCACCUCCUCAGGGGCCAGCCUCCCAGGCAGCAUGAAUGCAGUGAACAGCCUCUGCCUGGGUGGGGCCGCCGUGAGUGCACCCAGCAGCAGCGCCAGGGCUGCGCCCUUGGUCACCUCAGGCAAAGCGCCCCCCAACCUGCCCCAAGGGGUGCCUCCGCUGCUGCACAACCAGUACCUCGUGGGCCCUGGAGGACUGCUGCCCGCCUACCCGGUGAGCGCCCGGUGGAGCUCCUGGCCGGCCCCAGCCCCCCUGGCCUCAGGGGCUGGCACCUGGCAGGACCUGAUUUAUGGCUACGACGAGCUCCAGAUGCUGCAGUCACGGCUGCCGAUGGAUUACUACGGAAUCCCCUUUGCUACGCCCACAGCCCUCGCCAGCCGAGACGGGAGCCUAGCAAAUAAUCCAUAUUCAGGUGACAUCACAAAGUUUGGCCGUGGGGACUCCGCAUCCCCUGCACCCCCCACCACGCUGGCUCAGCCACAGCAGAGCCAACCUCAGAGCCACCACACCGCCCAGCAGCCCUUUCUGAACCCCGCACUGCCCCCCGGCUACAGCUAUACUGGCCUCCCCUACUACACCGGCGUGCCCAGUGCCUUCCAGUACGGGCCCACCAUGUUUGUCCCCCCUGCCUCAGCCAAACAGCAUGGAGUGAACCUCAGCACGCCUACCACGCCUUUCCAGCAGGCAGGCAGUUAUGGCCAGCACAGCUAUGGUGCAGGUUAUGACGAGCUGACCCAAGGGACAGCUGCUGGAGACUACACCAAGGGGGGCUAUGGCGGAUCAUCACAGGCACAGAACAAGUCUGCAGGAUCUGGGCCUGGCAAAGGAGUAUCCGUGUCCUCGAGCACCACUGGCCUACCUGAUAUGACUGGUUCUGUCUACAACAAGACUCAGACUUUUGACAAGCAGGGAUUUCACGCAGGGACCCCUCCACCAUUCACCCUGCCCUCAGCUUUGGGCUCUACUGGGCCUCUGGCCCCUGGCACAGCCCCUGGCUAUGCGCACCCACCGUUCUUGCACAUCCUGCCCGCCCAUCAGCAGCCCCACUCACAGCUCCUGCACCACCACCUUCCACAGGACACCCAGAGUGGCUCUGGUCAGCGCAGCCAGCCCAGCUCCCUGCAGCCCAAGUCUCAAGGCUCGAAACCUGCCUAUGGCAACUCUCCGUACUGGACAAACUGAAUUGUGAAGGGGGUGUGGGCUGGCUGGGGGGCUACCCCCAGGCAGGAGCGAACACACGGAGCUGUAUCUGGGAGCCCGAAGUCUUUCUUAGAAUUCCUGAACGUGUAACUGUUGGCAGAGCAUCUGUAGGGAGCCCACCUCCCAGACUCGUUGUACGUAAUGUAUUUAUGUAUGUAUUUGUAAAUGUGAUCUGAGGCAGGUGGGCUGCCGGGGAGUUAGGCCUGCUACCCUUCAAGCCCCCUCUCACUGUAGCAAAAGCAGCCCCUUCUCCUCUGCCCUUCCUUCCUCAGUCCCUGCCCACUUGUCAGGGGAAGUCUUUGGAAGGACUGGUUUUGGAGUGCUGGGGCCAGGUACCAAUGAAGAAUCACAAUUUCUCUUGCACCGUUGUAAACACUGAGGGUUUUUUGCCUAUGUAAAUUACUUUUCUUUCUUUUUUUUUUAAAAAAAAGAAACUGGCUCUUUGUCAGUUGUCCUGUUCACCUGCCAAGUUUUGACCUGGGACGAGCAGAAACCUACCCUGUCCCAUGUGGCUGGGCACCUGUGUCUUCAGAGCAGGGGCUUGUGUUUCUGGGUGUCCUGUCUGCGGAGACUUGCCUUCUUCUGGCUGACCAUUUUAAAAACCAUCUGAACUUGACACAGAUGCUCAGCCACAAUCAGCUCCCCUUUUACAGAAGAAAACAAAGAUUUGCCCAAACUCCACCUAAUAAAGUUCUGAGAGCAUG